UCUCUCUCUCUCUCUCUCUCUCUCUCUCAUCACAAUUUUAACAAGAAUAAUAAUAUCCCUCUCUAUUAACCUAAAAACUCCACCCCUAGGGUUUCGCUUCUUCCUCAUCCCAAAUCUUCAACCGCCUCCUUUCCUUCUCCGGAGUCUUGAAAUUCCAUGUCUCCGUCGUCCCGCUCCGCCGCUCGGUUCCGCCAUUGAAGCUCCUCCCAAGGGCUUCGAUUUGGUUCUGGUUUUGAAAUUUUUUGUUGUCGACUUUUGGCGGGGGUUGUGGAAGUCAGCCAUGGCGAUUGAGAAGAACAGCUUGAAGGUUUCGAGGCUGGAUUCGGAGGUGUCUCCUAGUAGUAGGAAGAGUGCUUCCAGUGACGACGAUGAGCUUCAGCAGCGGAGCUCAGCUGCUGAAUCUGAUGAUGAGUUUGAUGAUGCCGACUCCGGGGCGGGGUCCGAUGACUUUGAUUUGUUGGAGUUAGGGGAGACUGGAGUGGAGUAUUGCCAGGUUGGGAAUCAGACCUGCGGCAUUCCUUUCGAGCUUUACGAUCUUCCGAGUUUGGAGGACAUUUUGUCUGUUCAUGUGUGGAAUGAGUGCUUGAGUGAGGAGGAGCAGUUCGCCCUCGCCAAGUAUCUGCCUGAUAUGGACCAGGAGACGUUUGUGUUUACCAUGAAGGAGCUUUUCACGGGCUGUAACUUCCAUUUUGGGAGCCCCGUUACGAAGCUGUUUGAUAUGUUGAAGGGAGGACUGUGCGAGCCCAGAGUUGCGCUGUACCGCGAGGGGUUGGAUUUCUUUCAGCACAGGCUGCACUACAAUCUUCUGAGGAAGCAUCACAAUACCAUGGUUCGUAAUCUUUGUCGGAUAAGGGAUGCUUGGCUCAAUUGCAGGGGAUACAGUAUUGAGGAGAGGCUGCGGGUGUUGAAUAUUAUGAGGAUCCAGAAGAGUUUCAUGUCUGAGAAGAUGGAGGACAUGGCUAGUGACUCGUCGGAGAGAGAUUCUGGGGAAGGUCUGCGGAGUAACAAGAUCAAGGACAGGAAAAUUGCACAGCAUAUGAGUCGUCAUUCUCCAUAUGGGGUGGGCUCGGACAUGGAUUUUGCAUCCAAAGGGCGGGCGCCGUCUUUGGAAGUGGCAAAAUAUGGGAAGCAGAACUCAAAAGGUAUAAAGUUGGGUGGGUCAAAGACUCCUCUAGUAAAAGAGCCAGCCAGUUAUCCUGGACCAUACAGCUCAGCUGCUGUUCUUCCUCGGUCAAAUAAGCCUGGGGCGUAUGAUUCUGGGGCAGCUCUCAGAAUAAGUGGUGAUGAUGCUGAAGAAGCAACAUAUGGAAUUGAUGUUCAGCGGGAUCGAUUUGCGCCUCAUAGCAUGCUUGACAAUUCUGGUAUUCUGAAAGUGGGAAAGAAUCUUAUCAGAGGUGAUGGUGUAACAACUGACAGUUUGAUGGGUCUACCUCUCUCUUCGAAAACCGAGAUGCAGGCCUAUGGUAGGAAUCGGGAUGGAAACCUUCUCCCAGAAGCAAAGGAAUUGACAGCCAAACCUCCUAACAUGAGGGCUCCAUAUGAUUUUGGUAUAAGGACCAAAUAUUCAGGAAAUAUUCAGCAAUAUGCAGUAGGCGAUCAGAUGAAGUUCUUGAAAGGCAGACUUCCGCAGGCACCUUUCAGAGGAGAUCGAUAUGAUUCAUCUGAUCAAGCUCACAUAUUCUGGAAUAAUAGGAGUGAAGGGGAGCUUUUUGCUACAGAAUCUCCCCUUCGAGCAGAUGAUUGGAGUCUUAGGAGCAAGAAAUGGAAGCCUGGGAUGGAGUCUCCUGAUGUAAAUAACAAGUCUUAUAGAGCUUCCCCACCACAGAUGAAUGAUAGACUUUUAUCUUCAGAAUUUAGAGCAAAACCUUUACAAGGGAAGUUUAGAGGGAAUAUACUACACAAUGGAGGAUCAGACAUGGUUACGUUGAAAGGUAAUAGAAUGUUUCCUAAAAAUGAAGAUACAGAAUCGGACACAUCAGAUCAAUUUGACGAGGAUGAGGAUAGCAACCCUUUGUUGAGGAGCAAGUUGGCUUAUCCCAGUGACAUUAUGGAAGGUUCUCCAUCUUCCUUGAUGAUGCCUAAUCGAGCCAAAUAUACUCAGAGAGAGAUGAAGAAUAUGCAGGCUUUUGAAGGGAUCAAUUACUCCAAAAAGAUGGGUGGUUUUGUUGAUCAAGGGAAUAUCCGUAGUUUAGAUAACUAUCCUUCUAAAGCAAAACAGAAGGGUAAAAUGGGAGACAGUAGUCCCAUGCAAUUGGAAGGGCGUUAUGUCCUUGAUGACGACGAUGAACUGAAACCGGUCUACAGAUUGGGCAAGAAUGCAAAAUUUCAAGGGGGACCUGGUGAAAGAUUGCAUGUACCCUCACUCAAGACCUAUACUGCUAGUAGAAAGCAGAAACGAGAAAUUGUUCAUGACCAUUCUGUUUCGCAGUCUCACUACUUUGUUGAUGAGGAAGAUGAUUCACUUCAAAUGCGUUUACUCGGAGAUGGUAGAGCAGAGGGCAGAUCAAGAAACAAAGGCCAGAAUGUCGAAGCAUAUUUGAGGGAACACCGUGAAAGCAUUGAGGUCCCAUUACUGGGUGGCAAUUCUGAGACAAGGAGGCGGAAAGGGAAAGAGGAUGCUAUGGCUGUGAGUAGAGAAGAUGAAGAUCUACUAUCUAAUCAUUUGCAACGUAGUGCUGAAACCAACUCCUUGAAAAAAAAGAUAAAGAGGAAGAUGGAGACGGAGACUGGUAGUUCAGAUAUGGAAAUUUCUGACCCACCAGUUGCUGAAAUGGAAGCAACAGAUAUGGAGCUGGAAAUCAAGCCCCAGAAAAAGCCAUUUAUUUUAAUUACACCCACUGUUCAUACUGGUUUCUCAUUCUCGAUUAUGCAUCUUCUUUCAGCAGUUCGCGUGGCAAUGAUUACUCCGCGUUCGGAAGACACUCUAGAUGUUGGGGAGCCUAUAGAUGAGAAGAACAAAAGUCAGGAAGAUGGUGCCAAUGGCGUCACUGAUAAAAAGGUGGACGCAAAUGUCUCUGAGCAUGCUGCAGAAGGGCCUACGAGUUUUGUGACAGUUCAGGAGAUUGUGAACCGUGUUAGAUCAAAUCCAGGAGAUCCUUGUAUUCUUGAGACACAAGAGCCACUUCAGGAUUUGGUGAGAGGAGUUCUAAAGAUAUUUUCAUCAAAAACUGCACCUUUGGGGGUGAAGGGUUGGAAGCCAUUAGCUGCCUAUGAAAGAGACACAAAAAGUUGGUCAUGGACUGGCCCAGUUUCCCAUAAUACAUCAGACAAUGACACAAUUGAGGAGGUAACAUCUCCUGAAGCAUGGAGUCUUCCUCAUAAGAUGCUUGUCAAGUUGGUUGAUUCAUUUGCUAAUUGGCUGAAAUGUGGGCAAGAGACCCUCCAACAAUUAGGAAGUCUUCCUGCCCCGCCUUUGGAGUUGAUGCAGCCCAAUGUAGAUGAGAAGGACAGGUUUAGGGAUCUAAGAGCGCAAAAGAGUUCUAGUACCAUCACUCCAAGUUCUGAUGAAGUGAAAGCUUAUUUCCGUAAGGAGGAACUUCUUAGGUAUUCAGUACCUGACAGAGCCUUCUCUUACACCGCAGCUGAUGGUAAAAAAUCCUUUGUUGCCCCUUUGAGAAGGUGUGGUGGUAAGCCAACAUCAAAAGCCAGAGAUCACUUUAUGCUGAAACGUGACCGACCACCACAUGUUACGAUCCUUUGUCUCGUGAGAGACGCAGCUGCAAGAUUGCCUGGAAGUAUUGGCACCAGAGCAGAUGUUUGUACAUUGAUAAGAGAUUCUCAGUAUAUUGUUGAAGAUGUGUCUGAUACACAAGUAAAUCAAAUUGUUAGUGGAGCCCUUGAUCGGUUGCAUUAUGAGCGUGAUCCGUGUGUUCAAUUUGAUGGGGAAAGAAAAUUAUGGGUCUAUUUACAUAGAGAAAGAGAAGAAGAAGAUUUUGAGGACGAUGGUACUUCAUCUACAAAGAAAUGGAAGAGGCCAAAAAAGGAUGCUGCUGAUCAACCUGAGCUAGGAGGAGUGACAGUGGCUUAUAAUGGAUCUGAGGAACAAAGUGGAUAUGAUUUGUGCUCCGAUCUUAAUGCAGACCCAUCAUUUUUGGAUGAUGACAAGGGAAUGGAACUUGAAUAUGAUGAUCUGCGGCAAGAUGCAGAUGUUGAUACCAAUCAGGGGUCUGAAGUAGACGAACUGCGUCAAGAAAAUGCAAUGGUUUGGGAGGAGGGUCUUGACUUGAAUCCUAUGCGUGAAAGCAAGUUGCUUUGUCAGGAAAACUCCACAAAUGAAGAUCUUGAUGAUGAGACGUUUGGCCGAGAAAGGACCGUUGGGCUCUUGAGUGCAAGCUUACUUUGAGGUCUUCAGGCAUAAAUAUCCUCUACGCACAUCUGAUUGCACGAUUUGUUUCAGAUGAAGGAGUCUAGGAAAUGCUGUCAUAUUGAAGGUGCAGUAUUUUUGCAUAUAUAUUGAUUCUAUCAGGAAAUGUAGAGUAGAAAUUUGAUCUUGUUUGAACCAUAGGGUCGGUACAGGUGGAUAUCUAUAUAGUUCCGCAUUCCAUAAAUAAAAUUUUGUCUCUACUUUAGAUCAGAAAAAUGGGAAAGAGAAGCGACUAAAUUGUGUACAUUAAGUUGAGCAAAGUGAUUUAUUCAGUAUCUGUGCAAUCUGCACAUGUUUAAAGUUCAGUCUCUCAAAUGAGUUGUAUUGUCAAACUAAAUGUAGUUAGACUGAAUGUGGAAUAGCUUGCAGGGUUAUAAAUGAUUUUGG